AUGGCAACAGUGCUGAGGAAGAGCCGGCAAUUCGGUCUGAGCUCGCGGAAACGCGAGACCGUAGUCGUCUUAGUAAAGGCCGGUGGAUGUACGAACUCGUUUCGUGAUAUUGGAACCACUGAAACUGGCGCCGCGCAAAUAUACGCAGACGCCGAUGUGGCGAGUGCGAAUAAUACACAGGUGUUCUGUGUUUGGAAUCAUGCGACGCUGUCCGUUUAUCUCAUGAAUGUUAACACGCUGCCACCACGCUAUGAUGUGGAUUGCAGUGUCAAGUUUAUUGUUGCGGCUGUGUCCGGUGGAAGCAAUUGUUUGACGGCUGAAUCGAUUGCUCUUUUGUUCACGCAUGACCAAGUGUACAUCGUUGACGCAACUUGGCUUCGAUGA